GGAACUUUUAUAACUAUGAACCGGUGUGUCUGACAGCGAAAUUCGACCGAAGAUUGCAAUUUCUGUGAUGUAACAUCGAUAGACACACUGAGAUGCCGCCUGUUUCAAAUUCAAAUACAUGCGCCAGUGGAACCCGAAUGAAUGUGGCUCUGUUUUGGCCAAACAAUUGACAUCUAUUCAAAGAAAUUGACUCUGAUGACAUGCUCCGCUGCAGAUCAAAGCAGAACAUCAUGAUCAGAGGUCACAGGAGGUUAGGCGCGUUCCGCAAUGCCAAGUAUGACAGGUCAGGUUUGCAUAGCUCUCGGGGAACAUUCGUCUCCAACGUCAUGGAUGCAAACCACAGUGCGACAAUAAGUCACAGGCAAAGAUGGCGCUGGGAGAAAUACAUUGCACUAUUGAUAUAAGCAAGGCUCGGAGGUCUUCGAAAACAGGCUUCCUGUUUUUUCUUUUAUUGCAAAUGAGUGUGCUCUCUGAAGUGUGGACGUCUGAUUCCACAACGGAUACAGCCACAACCACUGUGACAACAGAUGCUAUGUCAUCUACAAUGUCAGAAACUGCAAGCCAGAGUUUGACAACUGCGAAUACAGUAAGCGUAUCCUCCUCCACUGACCAGUCGUCAUCUAUGGCCACAUCAGGCUCAUCCAUGACAGCUUCACAGAGCACUAACAGUAGCAUUAACAAUGCUACUGGUGCCUUGACAGGCAUUAAUAGUACGGACACAGCGAAUACGUCUUCCGAAAAUUACAAUGGGCUAUCCUGUCCAACAUUUGGUUGCACUACGAAUUGUUACGCCCAGUACAUGAACACGACGGCAAAGUCUUGCAAAUCCAGUGAAUAUUUCUGUGAGAUAAUGAAACAGGACGCAGGUUACUCUGUCAGCUGCAGUGCCUCAUGUGGCGUGUCCUGCGGGAACGGGACUCUCGGUAAUUGCUCCGUGAGCUGUUGCAACACAACCAACUGCCUCAACAACACUCUGCUUAGCAUGUCCAAUUCAGCCAGUUCCACAGUAGCUACAACAAAACCUACUACUACAACCACAACCAUAAAGGCCACAGUUCCAGCCACCCAAGCAAACAAUGGCAAGAAGUGUCAUAAUAUCAAGUGUAAUGGGGCAACAUGUUACAAAACCAACAAUGCCGCUAUCAUGAUGUGUCCAGUUGGUCAGGACUACUGCAUGCUACAAAAGACAUCUGGCACCCCAGAAAGCUGGCAGGCGGGUUGCAGUACAGAUUGCAGAAAGAUGACAGUUUGUACAAGCACCACUACUACCUGUUACUUGGAGUGCUGCAAUGCCACUACAUCUGCCUCAUGCCUCAAACUGACAGGCGACGUGAACAUGCCCAGCUCCGCCACCAGGGGACUUCACUGUCCCACACUGCUCACGGCCUCUUUGCUGCUCCUCUGGAUAGUUAAAGUCUUUACUUGAGCGUAAAAAAGUCGCAUUCAAUAAGCAGUCCAGGGAAGCUCAGUUUUCUAUUAGGAGAGUGUUUGUGUGUUUUAAAGCUGAUUGUACUUCUUCUACUGUCACUUUUACAUUAUUUGUGAUACAAGCAAAUGAAGGUGUGUGUGUGUGUAGGGUCAGUGUGAGAAGCAGAAUGUGUGUUUGUGUGUGUGAGUGUUAGUGUGAGUGUGAGUGUGUGUGUAUAUAUGUGUAUAGAUGCCAAAUAAGCUUUACCAUGGGCAUCCGUAGAGAGUUGUGUCAAGUGGGAACAUGCCUGUUGUUGGAUUCUUUAUAUCACAGAGUUAGACAGAAAAGAUCCACAGAAGAAUAUAUUAACACUGCAGCAACAAAUUAGAGGUUUUGUUCGUCUCACGAGUUGUGUCUUUGAUUAAUUCUUGCUCUUUUUUGGCGUUAAUAUACACUGUAAGAAAAAAUCUGUAGAAAAACGGACAAUGACAUGGCAGAAAAUUACCAUUAUCAUUUCCGUUCAACUUUGAUUACAGUCAAUCAUAGUUAUUUGAAGCUUUUUUUCUUACUCGUAUUUUGUUUUGUGUUCACUGUAUACAGGUUUUGUGCUUUCUAAAAAUGCAAUUUUAUAUUCUAUAUUACUCAAAAUACUCCAAAGAAUAUUAUCACAAUGCUCAGAUAAUCCAUUUUCUGAUACUAAAAAUAUGAAAUAACAAAUUGGUUGUCCAAUCAGACAGAUUUCACCCUGUGUGCAUGCAAAAAUAACAGUUACGUACAAACCAGUUAACGCCAAACAAAUGGAGUACGCACUUUAUGCAUCUAAAUGGAAAUUAGACAAUGUAAAAUAUUUAUAAUGCAUUUAUAAUAUUGGACAUAUGAAAGCCUGUGGGUAAAACCCACACUCAUAAACACAAAGCUUUAUUUUUACAGAGAAAUGUGUUUAUUAAAAUGUCAGUGUACAGAUCUAAGAGCAUAGGCUACGCUUCUAAUUUUCUUAAAUAACAUCUGAUUUCAAAAAUCUGUCAGAGUAACUAGUAAUAAUCUAUUAAAGGUCAUGAUUAGGAUUUUGACAGCUCGGUUCAUAAGGGUUGCAGUGAUGUUUAUUGCUCUGUAUUGCUUUAAUCUGACAGCAAUGUAAUACUAUAUAUGUACAUAUAUAUACACUAGCACACAAGCAAUAGAUCUUAAUUGCUUUUGAAAUUAAUAAAUAAAUCUU